CGAGCUGUCUUCUGAUUGGUCGGGAGGACUUUUCAGGCCCCCCUUGUUUCCAGCUCUGCUCCUGCAGAGAUCUUUACCUCCAAGAGUCCAGGAGGAGCGGGUCCUGCUGCACGGCUUCUCUGAGUUCCUCCUCCGGUUCGGUUCGGUUCGGUUCGGUUCGGUUCAACAUGAGGUCUGAGUGGGUGUGCAGGGUGGUCCGGCUGGCUGUGACCGCGGCGCUGCUGUCAGCCUGCGGGGCAGCAGAGUACGUGGACCCGUGGGAUUUCGACCACUACACCGGGGGGCGCAGCAGCUACGGGAGGCAGCCUCAGUGCGUGGACAUCCCGCUGGACCUGCGGCUCUGCUACGGAGUGGGCUACAGCAGGAUGCUGCUGCCGAACCUGCUGGAGCACGAGACGAUGGACGAGGUGAAGCAGCAGGCCAGCAGCUGGGUCCCGCUGGUGCACAAGAACUGCCACCCGGACACGCAGAUCUUCCUGUGCGCGCUCUUCGCCCCGGUGUGUUUGGACCGGCCCAUCUACCCGUGCCGCUGGCUCUGCGAGGCGGUCCGGGACGGCUGCAUCCCCAUCAUGCAGGUGUUCGGCUACCCCUGGCCCGAGAUGCUCACCUGCGACAAGUUUCCCCAGGGGGAAGUCUGCAUCUCCAUGUCAGCGGCCAACGGCACGGAGGGCACGCCCACAGGUUUACCUCCUGUCUGCCCUCCAUGUGACAAUGACAUGGAAGGUGAUGCCGUGCUGGAGCACCUCUGUGCCAGUGAGUUUGCUUUCAAGGCUAAGAUCAAGGAGGUGAAGACAGUAAACAUGGACCGUAAGGUGAUCCUGCAGAAGAAGAAGAAGAUGCUGAAACAAGGAAACCUGACGAAAGGGGACUUAAAGAACCUUGUGUUGUAUUUGAGGAAUGGUGCAGAUUGCCCCUGCCAGCAGCUGGACAACUUGAAAAGCCAGUAUCUGAUCAUGGGCCGCAAGGUGGACGAGCAGUACCUCCUCACAGGCAUCCAUAAGUGGGACAAGAGCACAGAGUUCAAAAAGACCAUCAAAAAAGUCAAGAGCUACAAAUGUCCUGCAUUCGCUAAUGUCUUCAAGUAAUAACUCAACCCAUGAGCCCAAACCUGGUUGAAUCUCAUCUGGCAGAAGAACUUGCACAAGCAAAGCCAAACUUGGCUUCCUGUUCUGUUUAUAUAGCAAUAUAUCUUUGUGUAUUUACUGCUUUACUUUGAAAUGUUCAUUGUUCAGUUUCAGAUUAAUGUCCUCAGUAAUGAUAUCACAACUUAUAGAGUUCAAUAAAAGCCCCUCAUACUUACUCUGACAUGAAGGAYAGAUACUCUUCGUUAUACAGGUUAGUUCUUCUGCUUUAGUUGGAACAUUUUAAUGUUUGUAAAGAUGUUAAAGAGGCUGUAACUUGUUGAUAUAUACAAGCAGAAAAAGGCAGGGUUCCUCCAUUUACAAGUUACAAAUAUAUAUUUAAACAAUUUAAAUGCAAAUGAAUUGUAAAAUCUCAUGUUUGAUUUUUUUAAAACUUCCUCCUCAACAUUCARAGAGAAGCGUUUAGACAAAAAAAACUUUAGUUACAGUUUACCUUCCCAUACUGCAGCACUGUUAGUAACAUCAAACAUCAGUACAAUUUCAACCAAAACAAAUAAAGCUUGUUUUUUAUAUUGCU